CCACCACUCAGGCGACGGCGGAGGAGGAUAAAAGGGCACGCUUCCGGCCGGGAAGGGGAGGAGAAUAUCGUAGCGUCAAGACGGACUCCGAGGCACAAGCGCGGACGAGACCGCCGGAUAGUGAGAGUCGCACACACGGAGGACGCCGGCCCGGGAAAACCCCCGCCCCGCCUCGGGAAUCCCGCCUCCGCCCCGAGUAGACUCCGCCGGCCGUCACGCCUCCACAAAACACCGCGCUUAUCCACUUAUAACCCAUUCACUUCACCCUAGCCACAAUAAACCACCGCUUGCAACCAUCCUUCUGUCUCCUGUGGGUCUGUACACCGCCCUUCCCCGGGCUAAUUCCUCACAACUGGUGGAGGAUGCAGGCGUAGUACAGACCCGCCUACCACACACACACAAAAAAAAAAUAAUAAAAAAAAAAUUUAUAAAUAAACCCGCGAGAGAGAGAGAAAAAAAAAAAAGGGAAAACCCCCCCCAAAAUGGACCGCACCCUGCAAUACCUGCUGGAGGCCAGCCUCCAGCAGCACGCUGUGACACAGCAGCUCGCCGAGAGCCUUCAGGUCGCCAUACAGACACUGAUCGCCAUGAGGACUGAGGCCCCCGCCGCCUCCGUGCCUCUCCCCGACGCAAGCAGUGAGAUCCGCCGCCUACUACCCCCCCUCGGCCCCGAAGAGGACCUCGAGGCGUACUUCGAAGCCUUCGAGAGUAUCGCCCGCCGGGAGGGGUGGGACCGUGAAGAUUGGCCACGCGCCCUUGGCCCACUACUCACGGGAGAGGCCCGAACAGCCUACUAUGCCCUCGAGCCGGAGGAGGCCGCAGACUACCUGGCGAUGAAGGAGGGAGUCCUGGCAUGGUGUGGCCAAACCCCUGGCCAGGCAGCUACUGAAUUCCAUCGCUGGGUUUAUCGACCAGGUGCCCGACCACGGUGCCAGAUGAGCGCCCUUAUCCGGAUCACCAAACGAUGGCUCCGGCCGGAUCGGCAUACCGCCUCGGAGGUGGCAGAGAAAGUGGCGGUCGACCGUUUCCUGAGGGCGCUACCACGGGCAGAGAGACAGGCUGUGGGGGCACACGCCACAACUACGCCCCAGGAACUCCUGACUGUCCUGGAGCGAACCUUGGCCACCCUGGAGCUCGACCCCGGGGAGCAGCAGCACCUCGAUCGGCCCCUCGGUGCCCAGGGCCCCCGGUCCGACCGCCAGACCCGGCCCUGCACCUGGAGGAACCCCCAGGGGGCGCCCACUUGGGAACACCCCCGAGAUGAGUCCAUGCCUACAGAGCCGGAGAGGGAAGCCGCCCGGCUGCUGACAAAACCAUGGCUCGCAGGCUGCGCCCUCCAUCAGCAGCAACCGCCGGAGGCGCCCUCCUUGACGGUGUGGGUCGAAGGGAGACCAGUAACCGCCCUACUGGACACCGGGAGCACGGUGACCCUCGCCCAGCCGUCCAUCCUGCCUGACGGGCGCCGCCCAAGCGGGACGCUCACCAUGACCUGUGUCCAUGGGGACACCCGGGAAGUCCCCGCAGCCGAGGUCCAGAUCCGGGGCGAAGCCGGCACCUGGCCCCUUCAGGUCGGAAUCAUCCCCAAACUCCCCGUGCUCCUCCUCCUGGGACGAGACUGGCCCGGAUUCCGGGUGGUACCGAGAGCCGAGCCCCGGAGAUCGCGGCGACGUGUGAAGGGGCAAGCAAGGAUUGACAGGGUGGGCCCCAUCGUCCGGGAGGCUGGCCUGACAGCGAACCCAAAGAAAUGCCACCCAGGGCUGACGGAAGCCCAGUACCUGGGAUACCGCAUCGGACGGGGAAUGCUGAAGCCUCAACUAAAGAAGAUCGAGGCUGUGAAGGACUAUCUGCGUCCGACAUCGAAAAACCAGGUACGUGCCUUCUUGGGAUUGGCGGGCUACUACCGCAGGUUCGUGCCUAACUUUUCUGCUGUAGCCUCUCCCCUCUCAGACCUUACAAAGAAGGGCCAGCCAGACCAGGUGAGGUGGACAGCCGAUGCAGAAAGGGCCUUCCAGGCCCUAAAAGGAGCCCUCACCGACACCCUCUGGGCCCACCACCGAGCGGCAGUAGGCUCGGAGCUGAGGGGGGGGUACUGUCGCGACCGGCAGAGUGCCGGCGCACAUAAGAAGGAAAUCGCUCCUUCUCCAACUGCCGCACCGGCACGACGUGGGCAGCUUCCUGCCGAACAUUCCGCCAGCCGGAAGGACCGCCGCGGCAGGGCGGGGCUGACGCGACUCCGGCCAGUGAUUGGCGGAUCCAACGGGGAAGUCCCACCACUCAGGCGACGGCGGAGGAGGAUAAAAGGGCACGCUUCCGGCCGGGAAGGGGAGGAGAAUAUCGUAGCGUCAAGACGGACACCGAGGCACAAGCGCGGACGAGACCGCCGGAUAGUGGGAGUCGCACACACGGAGGACGCCGGCCCAGGAAAACCCCCGCCCCGCCUCGGGAAUCCCGCCUCCGCCCCGAGUAGACUCCGCCGGCCGUCACGCCUCCACAAAACACCGCGCUUAUCCACUUAUAACCCAUUCACUUCACCCUAGCCACAAUAAACCACCGCUUGCAACCAUCCUUCUGUCUCCUGUGGGUCUGUACGCCGCCCUUCCCCGGGCUAAUUCCCCCGG